AUACAAUAUUAAAUCAACUAUUAGGCCUCACAUUAUUGCACAAAAAGUUAAAUACAAUCUUUACAACAGGGUUGGCAAAUUAACAGCUGAUAUUUGCAUACUGUGAUCGGACCCCCAUUUCCUCAAGCACCAUUUUAUUAGAUAACGAGUUACUCUUCGCCUGUUAAAUUAAACGAUGGCUUUGCGUUUUGCAACCCAAUCGCUUGCCAAAUUGGCCAACCGCAAGCAAUGUGCCAUUCUGAGUCGUAGUUUGACCCAUUAUCCGGUAAACGAUAACAUUUAUGGACUUGACGAGGAAAAACAACAGUUGCGUGAAACUGCCUUUAAUUUUUUUCAAAAGGAAUUGGCACCAUUUGCCAAGGACAUAGAUAAAAAUGAUAAUUUUCCUGAUAUUCGAAAUUUCUGGAAAAAGAUGGGAGAUUUGGGUUUCUUAGGUAUAACUGCCGAGCCGACAUAUGGUGGAACUGGUGGCUCCUAUUUGGAUCAUUGUAUUAUAAUGGAGGAAAUAUCUCGUGCUGCUGGUGGCAUUGCUUUAUCUUAUGGUGCCCAUUCAAAUUUGUGCAUUAACCAAUUGACUAAAAAUGGUACCCCUGAACAGAAAGAGAUGUAUUUGCCCAAACUUUGCAGUGGUGAACAUAUUGGUGGUUUGGCCAUGUCAGAACCUGGUGCAGGUUCCGAUGUGGUUUCCAUGAAAUUGCGUGCCGAACGUAAAGGUGAUUACUACGUUUUGAACGGCACAAAAUUCUGGAUUACGAAUGGUUCUGUUGCAAAUACUUUGAUUGUUUAUGCUAAAACUGGCAACACUGGCCCCGAUCAACAUCGCAUUACCGCCUUCAUUAUUGAUACUGCCGCUGAGGGCUUUAGUGUAGCCCAAAAACUGGAUAAAUUGGGUAUGCGUGGCAGUCCUACCUGUGAGUUGGUAUUUGAAAACCUUAAAGUUCCAGCCAAAAAUAUUUUGGGCCAGGAAAAUAAGGGUGUGUAUGUAUUGAUGUCUGGUUUGGACUUUGAACGUUUGGUAUUAGCCGCUGGACCUGUAGGCCUUAUGCAAGCAGCUAUUGACACUUCGUUCGAUUAUGCUCAUCAACGUAAACAGAAAGGGCAAUUUAUUGGUGAAUUUCAAUUGAUGCAAGGUAAAAUGGCUGAUAUGUAUACGACACUUAGUGCCUGUCGCUCUUACCUGUAUAGUGUUGCAAGAGCUUGCGAUGCAGGUCAUAACAGUUCAAAGGAUUGUGCUGGUGUAAUACUCUAUUGUGCUGAAAAGGCCACUCAGGUUGCAUUGGAAGCUAUACAGAUUUUGGGUGGCAACGGCUACAUUAAUGAAUACCCAACUGGUCGUAUAAUGCGUGAUGCUAAGCUGUAUGAAAUUGGAGCUGGCACUUCGGAAAUUAGACGUUGGCUUAUUGGCCGUCAAUUGAAUUUGGAAUAUAAGUAAAAUAAAGCAAAAGCAAAAAGAUCGUUUAGAAUGUGGACAGUGUCGAAAGCAUUCGUGAUGGAGUAAUUAAGAGCAAGGAUAAGGAGAGGAAAAUUUUUUAAAUAUUUUAUUUCAGUCUGUAUUUUUAUAGUUAAAGACUAUAACAUUUAUUAUGGACCGAAUUUUGUUAAAACGCCAAUUUAUUUUAAAAAUUUGCAAACAUAACAAUCAUUUUUUUCUGAUUAUUUCUUUUUUUUUUGUAAAGUGUUUUAUAAAACCUACCUUCCCUCCUACUUAAGACUAUGAACUUGUGUUUGAUUCGCUGUUCACAUUCUCACAUUCUCAACAAAAUUAAUUGAAUGAUGUUUAUUGUAAAUUUUCUACCCAAGACUUCCGUAUGCAUUUAUUUUUGACCUUUUUUUAUUUUUUCUUUGUUAAUACUUCCCUGCGUCGAACGUAUUUACAUUUAUUUAUGUAUUUUGAUUGUAACAGUCUCUGUACAAAAUAAAACAAAAAUAUAUAUUAAUAUUAUAUACGAAAUUUAA